GCGGGGAGGUGGGGGCAGGCUCAUUGUGCUUUAGGUCGAGCAGUGAAGCGGAGACCAGCUCAGUGAGGAGCGCUCUUCAUGGAGAAGACCAUGAGAAUGGAUGACUCGUCAGUGAGUGAGAAGGAGGAGGAUAGUCGUCCCUCGGACAUCACUGUGUUUGCGGAGAGCUGCACACUGCACGGCAUCAGUCACAUCUUCCUCCCCGGUGGGGUGACUGUGCGUCGCAUGCUCUGGGCUUGUGCCUUCCUCAUGUCUCUGAGCAUCUUCCUGUACCAGGUGUACGACCGCAUCACCUUUUACACCGAGUACCAUCAUGUCACCACCCUGGAUGAGAUGGAUAGCCCCCUCAUGACCUUCCCAGCCAUCAGCUUCUGCAACUACAACCGUUUCCGCAAGACGCAGGUGACUAAGAACGACUUGUACUGGAUGGGAGCUCUCCUGGGGGUUAAACCCCCCGAUUACUCCAAGUUCCUGGAGACCAUAGGUCAGAACUCGGACUUUUCCAAAUUCUUCCCCACCCAGACGUUUGAUAUGAAGGGCUUCUUUGACCGGGCCGGCCACCAAGUGGAGACCAUGCUGCUGGACUGUCGCUACCGGAGCCAGGAGUGCGGGGCAGAGAAUUUCACCACCAUUUUUACACGUAACGGGAAAUGCUACACAUUCAACUCAGGACUGGAUGGGAACCCACUGCUCACCACUCUGAAGGGUGGCACUGGGAAUGGCCUGGAAAUAAUGCUGGACAUCCAACAGGACGAGUACCUCCCAGUGUGGGAUAAAACUGAAGAGACAUCCUUUGAAGCUGGGAUUAAAGUGCAGAUUCACAGCCAGGAUGAGCCUCCCAUCAUUGACCAGCUGGGGUUUGGCAUCGCCCCCGGCUUCCAAACCUUUGUCUCCUGUCAGCAGCAGCGGCUCAUGUAUCUCCCCUCUCCGUGGGGUGACUGCAAAUCCACCCCCAUCGAUUCGGAGUUCUUCUCCACAUACAGUCUCACUGCGUGUAGGAUCGACUGUGAGACACGCUACCUGGUGAAGAACUGCAACUGCCGCAUGGUGCACAUGCCAGGCAAUGCGAAGGUGUGUACCCCGGAGCAGUAUAAGUCAUGUGCGGAUCCUGCAUUGGAUUUCCUCGUGAGUCGGGAUAGUGACUACUGCUUCUGUCAGACGCCAUGUAACAUGACCCGAUAUGGAAAGGAGCUUUCUAUGGUGAAAAUACCCAGUAAAGCCUCGGCCAAAUUUCUUGCCAAAAAGUACAACAGAACAGAGAAGUACAUAGCGGAGAAUGUGCUGGUUUUGGACAUUUUCUUCGAGGCUCUGAACUACGAAACAAUUGAACAGAAGAAAGCGUAUGAAGUAGCGGGAUUACUGGGUGACAUCGGGGGUCAGAUGGGCCUGUUUAUCGGGGCCAGUAUCUUAACCAUUUUAGAAAUCUUUGAUUACUUGUACGAG